CACUGCCUCCAAACGUACCCGCUUCCUCAGACAGAGAGGGGCCUUCUCGGAAGCUGGAGCAAUUUUUUCCACUCAAGGGAAAAAUUCACAAUCUUUUUCAACAGCAAUGGAGACCGAACUGCUUAUUGGAGAUAAAAGCUCUACAAUUGCCAGCUAUGAAAGUGAGGAUCCCUUCCCCCCAAGUAUUGCACAAGUAAACAAAUCCUUUCCUGACCCAUCGUAUCAAUUGCUCAAUGAGGAACUCAAUCCACAUAAGAAAAACUGGAACAUCCUCUCUGUUUCUGAGCAAGAGGUUAAGGAAGCCUUUCUACAGUAUGCAUCCAGUAAGUGUUGCUAUAGGACUGCUCCUGCGGAAAAGAUGGUAGUCCGAAAUCUCACUCCUCUCAACACAUACAGGUAUCGUUUGGAGACUUUCACUGAAAAAAGAGAGGCAAACUUGGCCAGUGAGCUUUAUUAUGGUGGAUUUGUUGACUCUUCUGCGGUUGGACUCCCUCCUGCCCCAUGGGAUAUAGUCGUGGAUCCACCUCCUCUGUUUACAGACUGUGAAAUGCAUAUCCCAGUACCCCACACAUAUUUCGUACAGAACUGUCCAGACUGCAAAGGACAGAGAGGAAUUAAGUGCCAAUCUUGCAAUGGAACUGGCAAGAAAAAGUGUUCCUCAUGUAAUGGGACUGGGAGCACUUGGCAGGAAGAUUCCCACGUCUGCUCAUUCUGCGCAGGUACAGGAGAUAAGAGUUGCUUGAAAUGUCAUAGCAGUGGGUGGCUGAAGUGUGUCCGUUGCAAUGAGAGUGGCCUCUUGCUCUUUCAUACAGAACUUACUAUCACUUGGAAGAACAAUGUUGCCGAACAUGUAGCAGGCAAGAAUUCUGAUUUUCCAACUCACCAUUUUCAGGAAGUGACUGGAAGAAAAAUACAUCAUGAUGAACAACCUAUGGUAUAUCCCAUCACUGAUUUCCCGGAGCCAUCAAUUAAUGCUAGUUCACGAGCAUGCAUAGCACAGCACAAAAUGAAGUUUGUACCAGGAGGUUUACAUCGUAUCUUGAGACAGAAACAAACCGUUGAGUUGGUGCCCCUCACAAAGGUUGAAUAUGAAUGGCAAGGCAGUCUCUACUCAUUCUACCUCUUUGGCAAUGAGAAGAAAGUAUAUGCUGAGGACUACCCAGAAAAAUGCUGCUGCUCUGUUAUGUGAAACAAGAGCACCUUCUGCAUUCAUCUGCCAGCCACAAAGCAAGCCCCAACUUUUUGUUCUUCACAGUAAUUUGUGGGAUUUCUCUACACAUAUAGCACAUUAUAUAUGAUAUUAUACUACACAUAUUAUAUGACAUUAUACUCAGGAUAACAUGCAGGUUUCCAUCCAUAGGAACGUGAGGAUAGAGGCUCCUUUAUCUUCAUCAUGAGCACUAUUCAUGUUAUGAAGUUAUUGGUCUCUGACCUCAUCUGUGCGUUUUUAUUAGGGAGAUGAAAGAAGCCAUUUGCCCUAAUGCACCUUGAGACAGUCUGCUAGCACACCAGGCCAUCAAGGAUUCAGUUUGUUUUUCAUUGCCAUGCAUUAGUUACUGAGAGUACCUGAUAAAAUCCUAGUGAAAAUAUAAACAGUUUUGAAUGAAAUGUAUACCAUGUUAGAUAUCAUCUUCUACAAACCUUUGAAGGAAUGUUAUUGCUCCUUGGCAAUGGCUAAAAAGUCUUCUGCCCCAAAAGCAAAUCUAAGCAAGAAAGCUAAGGGGAGAGAUAAGAGAGAAGGCAUUUUCAUCUGUCUCCUAUAUCCUAGAAUAUAGUAUAUUCCUUUCCAGUGCCUGAUUUGCCCAAAGGCCAUUUAUUUUUAGCACCUUCUGCCUAGAACAGGGGUAGGUAAUUUUGGCUCUCCAGCUGUUGUUGAACUACAACUCCCAUCAUCUCUGGCCACAAUUUAUUAUGGUUGGGUAUGAUGGGAAUUGAUAUAGGACAUGGUGGUGGUAUGCACCUGCUCUCCUCCAUUUUAAAGUGUGUGUUAUUCAUUCAUUGAGCUGGGUCUCACAAUCAGUGAGACCUGGUUUGUAAAGCUAAGCAGGGAGAGUGGGCUAAGCUCACUCUCCCCGCAGACAAGCAGGGUGGGAGCCCUGGGUGGCUGGAUUGGCUGCCCACACGAUUGCUGGCUCCGUGACAGAGCCAGCGGGGGCUGGGGAAUUUGGGGGCUGCGGGGUUACCCGCUCAAGAACCACUGGGCUCACAGCCAACACCCAGUGGUUCACCUGGUUGUAGGAAAUCGGGCUAGCAGAGGCUAGCCCAAUUUUCUACAAUUGUGUGAAUAGCCUCACCGAAUGUAUAAAUAAAUAAAGCUGCCAGGGAUGUGCUGCAAAUCACACUUUGAAUAAUGAUUCCUGCACAUCCCUACUGUGGAGCCAAAUAGCUGGCUGAAACAGUCAAUGAGCAAAUGUGGCAGUGGAACAUUGACUGGUAAGCACAGAAUGCCACAGCGGCUGUGCAGUGCAAACCACUGGUUGUACCAUGGAGCUGGCAUGACUUACUGAGAUCAGGCGAUUUAACAUUUGCAAAUAUAUUUCCACCAUCCGGAGAGUUAAACAUAGUUAGCACUGAGAGCUGAAACUGGGCGGGCCAGAUACCAAACUCCACAAGGAAUUGUGCAUGAGCAAAACUACAGCAAAUGAACUGCUCUUACACUGCACUCACGUCACUAAAGAGACUGAGCCUUUUGUAUGAGAGAAUAGAACAAUAAGGGGCCCUAAGGUGGCUCUGUUCAUUAGAAGUGCCCCAGCAUGUGAUUUGUAGUAAAUAAGGCAGUAGACAGAGAGGUAUAGUGGAUAAAUGCCAAUGUGAAAAGGUCAGUAGAUCAGUAACAAUGAUAAUACUCCACAACAUUGUAGUCUGGAUUGCCUUAUGUAACAAGAAGGACACAGUUAUAAAUGCAAGCAGAUACCCACAAACAACUCCAUUUACCACUUGGAGUAUCAGUAGUACUGAUAGUACGAACAAAUCAGAAGCUCUUUAGCUGUUAAUGUAUCUCCCUGUUCUUGGGCCGCUCAGCCUCCUCCCUUUUCUUUAGCACAUCUUUCUGUAAAAUGAGGGCUCUGGGUGUUUCUUUUUCUAUACACUGGUACAAAUUAACCCUAAGUUUUCAGACUUUCUGCCAUUAAGAGAAACUGGCUGAGCCAUGGGAAGCAGUCUCUAGAUGGCACAGGGCUCAAGUCCAGGACUGGGAGAGUUGGGCAAAGAGCCAAGUGUCAGGGGACAGGAGUUAAGGAGAGAAUGUUAGGGGAAUAGAAACUGGGACAACCAGGGUCAUGUGAAAAGCCAGAGGUUAGGAAUGGAGCCAAGAGUCAAGCUGAGCAGCCAAAUCAGGGAACAUGGGUCAAGCAGUGAGCUGGAGGUCAAGAACAGAGCCAAGGGUCAAACAGUGCACAUGAGUCAGGAUCCAGGGGUUAAGCAACAAGUCACAGGUCAUGGACAGAGGGCCAGUUCAGAUGAUAUUUUUGAACGUGCAGUUAAUAUAUCUGUGGUUUUUUGAAUACCCACUUUGAAAACAAAUUCAGACAAACUGCCCAAUUUGGGUAGAAUGGAUGAUCCUGUCCUGGGCUCUGUUGUUUAUCCAUCCUAUUUUAAAGCGAGUCAAUGAUGGAACUCGGUGGGCAGGACCAGCUUAGGGCCUGUGUGCAAUAAUCAGUGGUACAGGGAUGGUACCAUCUCAACCUCAUAUGUUUGAAUUAACCCUAGACACUUGGUUUGUACACAUGGCCACGAAAAAGCAGAUAGGGGGCAGUAUAACCAGGAAUUUAUGGUUAUGAGAACCCACAAUAAUUCCCUAACCCAAGAUCCUGAAAAGUAUGGUAAUGUAGACCCACUACCUAGCUAGCUUUUAAUUGAUGUCCUCCUGCCUUGGAGUUUGGAUUAUGUGUGAGUGUUCAGAGUUUCUCAGUGUUCCUGGCAGCUGGUCGCCAUGUUUGUAAUUGAGUGCUGUGGCUACAGAGACUGCCAUCUCUGAAUGUGUUGGUCUGCACAGCACACUCUAUGAUCCUUUGCUACAAAUGACUUGAAUAGGACUGGGCCCAUCUCCUGCCCCCUUCUGGCCAAUCAGAAGGGGGUUGAUGAUGUGAUGAAGUUUUCCCUUCUCCUGGCAGCAUGAUGCAUGCCAGGAAAGUUCUCUCAGUGCUCAGAGGACAUGUAUCUGUGUAUCAAGCUCGCAACUGCUAUCACUGAGUGUGCACUGAGCUUGCAAAGCCGAACUUGGGCUCUCCUCAUCAUCUGUCAGGCAAGGAUAGGAGCUCUCCCCCACCCAUACACGACCUCCAGAUGCACAUGUGGAAGGCCUCACUCUGUUUUAUAUAGCUGAAAACCUGAACCUUGAAAUGCCUUUCCACAUGGGAAGCCAUUUGUUUUGAGAAGCAGUGACUUCUCAUAAGAGUGCAAUUAUUUUAUCCAAGUGAUGGAAACAUGAACAUGUUCUUGGUGUGAUUAAAAUUGCCAUACCAUAUGGGGAACUGCUUCCCAGAAAAUUCUUUCCUACACCGACAAGGUUCAGUGCUUAGAUGGUUCCAUUAUUUCCCCUGUACUAUAAUUCUUAUGUCCAGGCUAUUGCUGUCACCUGUUGAACUCCCUAUUAUAUCAGAUCCUGCUCUAACAUAAAGAGUGUUUUAUAAGUAUAAGAAAUGCAUAUCUUUGGAAUUACUUCUGUACAACUGUUCAAUGUAUGGUAGCCACAUAGUCACAUUGUAAGCCUCAGUACUCUAAAAGUCCCAGUCGAGAUUUAUUGUGUACAUCAAUACACCUUCUGUAAACAGUCCUUAUUCAAUCCAUACACUGCAGUAAAUUUGGCAUUUGCCACUGUUUUCUUUAUCUCAAUUUACUUCAGUAGGAAAUAUUGAAACACUGCUUUGAUAAAGCUGUGAAUCCAAAGUUUCCAAGAAACAUGGUUAUUAUGUGGUUAUUUAUGCCAUAUCAUCUUGUUAUGUGGCUGUAGUGUUUCCCUUUGCAAGUAUUAAACAUUGUGAUAUGCUGUUCCUCCCCAGAAAGCUGAUAAAUAGAAACAAUGUUAUCAGAAUGUCACAUUCUGCUGUUUGUUUUGCUUUGUUCUGUUCUGUUUACAUGGCGCUAUUAGUACAUAUUUAAGGGCAUGAGCAUAAUUAUGUAGUCAGAAGUUGGAAGGACAGUGAAACUGAAAGGACAGGUGUUACUACUAAAACAUUGGAUCAAGAUGCUAAUAACUUAAAAUACUUGCUCUCAUUUUCAGUACAACACUGCCUAUAUAGUGCACAGUUAAAUAGGUGGAACUUAGAUGGUUGAAAAAAGCCCUAAACGGCCUAGGCCCUGGGUAUUUAAGAGAGCGUCUUCUUCACUAUGAGUCCCACCACCCAUUGAGGUUAUCUGAGGAGGUUCGUCUCCAGUUACCCCCAACUCAUUUGGUGGCUACACAGAGACGGGCCUUUUCGGUCGCUGCCCCAAGAUUGUAGAAUGCACUCCCUGCUGAGAUACGAUCCUCCCCAUCUCUAGCAAUUUUUUAAAAAACACCUGAAAACCCAUCUUUUCGCCCAAGCUUCCUCAGCUUUUAAAAAUUGUCUGUUUUAAUUUUAUGGUUGCUUUUAAACUGUUUAUUUGUUUUAACUUUUAUAUGUAUGUUAAUUGUUUUAUGUUAACUGCCCAGAGACUAAUGUUUGGGCAGUACAUAAGUCUGAUGAAUAAAUAAAUAAAAUAAAAACCCAAAACAGUCAAA